CACACACAAUCAGAAACUUCGCGGAACCCAUUAGUUUUUCAUUAAUUAUAGGAUUAUCUGCUAAUCAGCAUACAUAAUGUCAUUAAAAACAGUGUUACCGAAUCCUGUAAAUAAAGUAUAUGAUCGAGAUGAUGAGCAAUCGACAAUAAAAGUCAAUUUGGGUGCUCUACAGCAUGCAAAGAAUUCAGCACCUCCCUACGGAUCAAGACGUGGAUUUAUACCAAGAAGUGAAACAGAUUAUGGCGAUGGAGGAGCAUUUCCAGAAAUUCAUGUCGCACAAUAUCCAUUGGAUAUGGCAAGACCUAAUUCUGGUGGAAAGAAAUCAACUGCUUUAGCCUUACAAACAGAUUCAUCAGGAAAAGUCAAAUAUGAUAUAAUUGCUAAACAAGGACAUGCAAAAGAUAAGAUUGUUUAUUCAAAUAUCAAUCAAUUACUUCCAGCAGAAGUUUUAUCUGAAAAUGCCGAAGAAUUACAGCGUCCAAAUGAUGAAGAGAUUGCUGAUAUUACAGAAACUACAAGAAAGGCAUUAGAAAAGUUGACAAAUGCAAAAAUUGCUGCUGCUUUGCCUGUUCGAGCUGCAGAAAAACAAGGAGCAGCUCAAUAUAUCCGAUACAAGCCAUCACAACAAUCGAUGCAGUUUAAUUCUGGUGCUAAGGAACGAAUCAUUCGUAUGGUUGAGGCUCAAGUUGAUCCAAUGGAACCACCAAAAUUUAAAAUCAAUAAAAAGAUUCCAAGAGCACCUCCGUCACCUCCAGCACCUGUUUUACAUUCUCCAAGUCGAAAAGUAUCAGUAAAGGAACAAAAAGAAUGGAAAGUGCCACCAUGUAUAAGUAAUUGGAAGAACGCAAAGGGUUAUACAAUUCCUUUGGAUAAACGUUUAGCUGCUGAUGGGAGAGGAUUACAGCAAGUACAUAUUAAUGAGAAAUUCGCUAAAAUGGCUGAAGCUUUAUAUAUAGCAGACAGAAAGGCAAGAGAAGCUGUUGAAGCUCGUGCACAACUUGAAAAGAAAUUGGCACAAAAGGAAAAAGAGAAAAAGGAAGAACAAUUACGUGCUAUGGCUCAGCGUGCUCGUGAAGAACGUGCUGGACUUAGUCGUUAUGCACAAAAUGAAGGCGAAACUACAACAGAAGUUCGUGAAAGAGAUGAAAUUCGUGAACAGAGACAUAGAGAACGUGCCAGAGAUCGUAAUCUUCAAAGAGCAGCUCCAGAUAAAAGAACAAAACAUCAGAAAGAACGUGAGCGUGAUAUUAGUGAGCAAAUUGCAUUGGGAAUGCCAGGAAAGACACAAUUUAGUGGCGAAGGACAAUUUGAUUCACGUCUAUUUAACACUACUAAAGGAAUGGAUUCUGGAUAUGGAGAUGAUGAAGCAUAUAAUGUUUACGAUAAGCCAUGGCGUGAAAGUGGAAGUCUUGCAUCUCAUUUAUAUAGACCAAGCAAACAAGUUGAUCAAGAUAUUUAUGGCGGUGACUUAGACAAGAUUGUAAACACCAGUCGAUUUGUUCCAGAUAAAGAAUUCUCAGGAACUGAUCGUAAAAAUCCACGUUCUGGACCUGUACAAUUUGAGAAAGAAGAUGAUAUCUUCCAACUUGACAAGUUCUUGGAUACAGCUAAAACUGGAUCAAAACGAAAAGAUGAAGCAAGUUCAAGCAAAUCCUCAGAACAUAGCGAAAAGAAAAGACGAAGAGAUUAAAGUCAAUUAUGUCAUGCUUUGUAACGUCUUUAAUUAAAUUUUUUUAUUUUUUUCCUCAAACUAUUUACUUUUUUGAUUCCUUUAUCUUAAGAGUUUUAAGAUGCAAAUAAUGUAGGACAGAGAAAUAAUAAAUACAAAAGAACUUUUCAUUAACAAAAUCAUCAAACUGUGUUUAAUUAAGUGUAUUUUCAAGUUUGAGAAAAUGCCUCUCAAACUGAUGUUCCUUAAAUGUUAUGAACUAAACACAAACUACAUAGAGCUUAAUUACUCUUAUCAGUUUGCUUUGAGAAGAGUCCUGCGGCAUAUUCAUACUUCCAUCGCAUGUAGCAAACUUUCAUUCUGUCCCAAACAUUAUCAAAUGAAUCCAUUGCAGGCCUAACAUCAAGAAGCGCAAAUUUGUACUUUUCAUCGACCAUUCCUCCAUCGUAAUAGUCAAUAACAUAGCGAACAUCCUUGCCACAUCUAUCAACAAUCCAGUCAUGACGAUCAAAAGGUAAUUCAUAGCCCAUCCAAUUACGAAUCUUUGCACGAGGUGAAAAAUCCUUUGCUUUACCUCCAAAACUCUUUAAUUUUGGAUUCCCACAUUCACGAGCGUGAAGUGCUUCCCAUUUUAAGACUUCCUGCCAGGCCUGUUCAUUAUUAGCAUUGUGGAUUUUGAUUAUAUCGUCCAUAUCUUUUGCAGAUAAAUCUUCUUUCUGCCAUACCCAACCUUUACGAAGCAUAGCAUUCCAGAACAUUUGUUGACUAGGAUAUUCCCAGUGUGUCUUGCCUUCUGGACCUUAAUUUAAUGAAUGCACUUUGUUAGCUUUCUCGUAUCUUAAAUUAAACUUAAUUUACUUACUUGGAACAGCUCGAGGAAUCGAAGAAGUUACUCUUGCUGUAGGCAAUGGGAAAGGCUGGCCUGGUGAUGGUUUUUGAUUUGCAGCUGGCAUCAUAUUUAAUGGAUUAACAUCAGCAGCUCCUUGAAUCGGACAUUCUGAAACUAUAACUUUUUCUUCUUUUGGUGCUUGAUGUUUUUGAUGCAUUGGACAUUCUGGUGGGAUUUCUUGUGCCUGUAUAUUGUUGAUUUUUGGAUGAUUUUUUGGUAUUUCUGUCUGAUCUAGUGACUUUAUUACAGAUUCAGCUGUUACACUUAUUGAUACUGUUUGACCCAUAUUUUUUU